AUGGGGGAAUGUGACAUGCUCACGUCGACUGUUAUACCAAACUACCAGCGAAAUUUGGCCUUGGAUAUCACGGUGCCGCUGUGGGAGGCGUCGCACACUGUGGUGUACAGAAAGGCACAAAUACAACCGGACAUUACUGGCUUCUUGAAGCCUUUCUCAGGAGUGACUUGGCUUUGCGUUCUAGCAACGUUCGCUGCUUGUGUCGCCAGCCUCUUCUUGAUGCUCAAGAUGCCCUGUGAGAGGGAAAAACGCUUCUCCUUCAUGCGGAUGGCGAUGGGCUCAACGAUUCUGGGGGGCUUCCUGCUAAGCGCCUUCUACAAAGCCUUCCUCCUGUCCAUGCUCGUCCUCCCCAGAGUGGUCGAACCCUUCAACUCACUCGAAGACCUUGUCACCAGGAAACCAAUGCCGUAUUUGCUCAUACCGGGGUCUUUAAUAGAGGCUGCGGCAAAGGAAGCAGAACCUAAUACUACUUUCGGGAAGCUGUAUCGAAACGUUGAUGGAUGGGAGAAAGAUUUUCUUCGCAUGAUCGAGAAAGUAGCUUAUGGGAAGUGGGCGAUUGUUGGCGCCAAAGAAGGUCUGCAUGCUGCAAGGGAGGUCAUUUUUGCCAAGACGCGGACGUGUCCAUUGACUAAUAAAGACAGGUUUCUCUCCUCGUGGUACUCGCUGUGUUUUCGCAAGAAUUCUCCCUACACGGCUCCAUUCAACCAAAUAGCUGUACGGCUGAAGGAGAGCGGUAUUCUGGAUAUGCUGGAUAAAAAGUACAGACCGAACGAAAUAAAAUGCUCGGUUGCAAAAGACGUGCUAUCACUGCGACCGCUCGGGAUCACAGAUUUAUUUGGUGUCUUCCUACUCUACGCAGGCGUUCAGCCCCUGGUCAGGCUAGAAUACGUUUCCUUGUACCCCGAGAACUGCGUCGUGGAGUUCAGCAUCGCGAAGCAGGACCUCGGCUCGCGCUCCACGCUGCACGACUUCUGCCUCAGCAACUGCACGGAGAACGACUUCCUCAUCAUCGGGCUGAGUGAUGAAAUUUUAGCCGGAACGGACGUGUUGCUCUACGACAGGGCGGCCACCAACCUAACCAUCCGCGUCAACUACCACAAGGCGCAAGUGGUCUUUUAG